CCCCCUCGCAUCCCUCGGCUCGGCCGCCGGCUGGCUUCAUCCCUCCGCCACCCUCGGAGCCUCUCGGGGUGCCCCGUCCUCCUCCCCAGCCCCAGCCCCAGCCCGCUGGUGCCUGCCCAGAGCCCAUGUGGCUCAGCCCGCUCGCCCUGUCGCCGCGGGGCCGGCGUUGAGCCGGGCAGGGUGCUGCUGGCCACCCUCCCUGCCGGGGCCGGGGCACCCCGCUUUGGGUCAUGCCCGCCCCGGCCACCGUGCCGAGUGCCACGGGGACGGCUCUUCCCACCCUACGCUGGGACCCAUGUGGCUUCUGAGCCACCCGCGCACCCUCGAGGUUUGGAGCCGGUGCUGAGCGGAGGGAUGGGCAGUGCCAGCCCCGGGCUGACCACUCUGCCCCCCAGCCGCUUCGCCCGGCCAGACGCUGCCCUGCUGCCCCCCCCCCAGGACCCCGACACCUGGAGCUGGGGCUGCCCGGAUAGCCCCAGCCCCCCCGCCACCCCCGAGCAGCCCCUGCCUGCUUUCUGCCUGCACUACUUCGACAUGCUCUACUCGGAGGACAUCGCCUGGGCCACCAAAGGCAUGGGGGAACCGUCCCAAAGCGAUGCCCAGGGGGGGCGAGGGGAGGCCCAGAAGGAGCCGGAGCAAUGUCCCAUCAUCGACAGCCAGGGCUUGGGGCUGGGGGCCGAGGGGGACCUGCAGGCCAGCCUGCACCUGGAGGAGCACUCGCUGGAGCAGGUACAGAGCAUGGUGGUGGGCGAAGUGCUGAAGGACAUCGAGACAGCCUGCAAGCUCCUCAACAUCGCCGCAGACCCCGCAGACUGGAGCCCCGGCAACGUGCAGAAGUGGAUCCUGUGGACGGAGCACCAGUACCGGCUGCCGCAGAUCGGGAAGUCCUUCCAGGAGCUGUCGGGAAAGGACCUGUGUGCCAUGUCCGAGGAGCAGUUCUGCCAGCGCUCCCCCGCCUGCGGGGACAUCCUGCAUGCCCACCUCGACAUCUGGAAGUCUGCCGCCUGGAUGAAGGAAAAAGCCACCCCAGGAGAUGUGAGAUACUGCGCAGGAGGUGAUGCCAGCUGGGCGGACAGCGAGGUGGACUCAUCCUGCGCCGGCCAACCCAUCCACCUCUGGCAGUUCCUCAAAGAGCUGCUGCUGAAACCCCACAACUACGGCCGCUUCAUCCGCUGGCUCAACAAGGAGAAAGGCAUCUUCAAGAUCGAGGACUCGGCGCAAGUGGCCCGUCUGUGGGGCAUCCGGAAGAACCGCCCGGCCAUGAACUACGACAAGCUGAGCCGCUCCAUCCGGCAGUAUUACAAGAAAGGCAUCAUCCGGAAACCCGACAUCUCCCAGCGCCUCGUCUACCAGUUUGUCCACCCGGUCUGACCGGUGGCAAUGGGACAGGCUGAGCCCCGGGAGGGACAAGGGACCUUCGCCACCUCCCUCUGCCUCCCAGCCACAGAAACCGUCUCCCAGCUCUAAGGGACCGUGGCUGGGGAGCCGAGAGGCUCACCACCCCUCCAGGACCUGCUGGCCACAGACCAUAGGACCCCCCUCACCCCCAGCCUCGGCGGGGACCCCCAGCUGAGGGACCACCGAUGUGCUCUGGUGUGGGGCACGGACCAUGCAGAGCCCUCGCCUCCCGCGAGCGCUCCCAGGGGAGGGUGGGCACGGACUUUGGGGCCGGCGGCGAAGACGCGGGGUUGAUCGGGGUGGGAUAAAGGCAGAUGAAUUUAUGGCUGUCACGGGGCUCCCCACAACCUUGGUGCCCUUCGGCAGGGAUUGAAGGUGGGAGAGAGGCUGGGGUCACCCAGGGGAGGGGCUGGGGGACACAAGACUCCUGCCCCCAUGUCUUUUCCCCCCUCAGCACAUUUUCCUCUUACGCCACAGACCCAGGGGCAUCGUCAGGACACAGGGACCAAGCAGGACAUGUCCCAGCAGGAGACUUCAGUAUCCCCAUGGCAUCAUGCCCCAGGGCUGAUUUGAAGGGGGACACGACACCGUGGGGGCCAGAUCCUGUCCCCAUGCCACCACCAGCCUGGCUGUGGGACCAGUUGCCCUCGGUACACAUCAGGAGGGACCCUGUGCGCCGCAGCUCUGGAUUUACCCCAACAAGCAGCUCCUGGCCCUCAGCCCUGUUCGGGGUGGGGGGACAGCGUGGUGGGGGGGGCUCUGUCCUUUGCUGCACCUCGACCCUCAGCUGCAAAGAAAGGGGCUGCCUGAAUCUGGGGAGGGGGGGUGGAGGCUAAGCCUGACCCUCCCUCCUCCCCUCCCUCCUGGGUGCUGGCUGCGGGUGGCUUUGCCCCAGCCAUUGUUCGGGGAGGACAAAGCCCAGGCAUGAGCUGGGACAAUGGCACUCGCGGGGACAAUGGCACCCACGGGGACAAUGGCACCCACGGGGACAAUGGCACCCGCAGCUGCCCUUGGCUGGGCCCGCGCUGACCCGACCCUCGCAGGAGCCGCCUGGCACCGGCAGCACCGCAGCACCCAGGGGUGCUGCCUGCCACGGGGUAGCUGUGUCCUGGGCACAUCCCCUCGGGAUGGGCGCACCCCACCUUCGCUCCGGGACACUCUCAGCUUCUCCUCACCACGGGGAUUCGGGGCUGAAAAGGGGCAUUUUGCAAAGGAGCAGCUGUAAAACACAGGCACGGGGCCGUGCACGCUGGAGCAUCCCUGCAGCUGUGGGGGUCCUCUGGACCGGGUCCCCCAUCCUUGGGCAUGGGGACACCCCAAAGCUCCCCAAAGCCCCCAGGUCCUUGGCCCUGGCACAGGUCUCUUCGCUUGAUUUGGAUUUUAAUUGAACUGCCUGAUUCCUGAAUUUAGGAAAAGGGAGAUAGCAGCUUUGCCAUUUCCCUCUGCACAGUAAAUCUGAAACGCAACCCGCUGGCCCUGGACUGGGAUGGAAAACUUGGGGUUGCUUAAACUGCACAUUUCAUGAGAGUCUAAGUUACCUGGCAAUGUUGAUCUUUUAUAUUAUAAUUUUUUUAUUUGUUUAUUUGCUUUUUGGUUUUGGCUGGCAGCAAGUUGUGGUUUAGGUUCAAAUGACGAGGGUAGGCAGGCGGUCUGGGUAGCCACGAGAUGCUUUGUGGGAAUUUAAAAGGAAAAAAAAACACCUGGUUGUUGGUCUUUUGUUUUUAACUUAAA